AGGGCGACCCAGCCUAAACUGUGUAUAAAGGGAGGCUAGAGACAGCGGAGAGGCGUCAGUCCCACUGCUAUAUUGCCUAGCUCCCACCUCCCAUAACAGCAGCUCGCCUCUUGGAUCCUCCCCUCUCCUAGAACCGAACUGACCUGCAGCCUCAACGCUGAACAGUCUGCCAACAUUUCAGGGGUCCCAUUGUUAACUUGCCUCUGUUGAAGGAUGAUCAGUUCAUGCCAACUCCUUUAAAAAAACCCAAAGCAAAGACCUGGAGGCAACUCUCCACCCCAACAGUGGGAGACUGAGAUCCGGGCCCCGUCUCCCAUGGUUGAGCCUACAGGAGGAUGGGCUCUUUCCGUAGACCCAGACCUCGUUUCCUGAGCUCACCAGUACUCAGUGACCUACCCCGCUUCCACGCUGCCAGGCAGGCAGCGCUGCUGGGUUCCAACCGAGCGUGGAACAGCGUCCACAAGGCAGUGAUCCGAGUCUUCCAGGGAGGAAGUUUACAAGACAAUGAACUGUUCUCUCUGAAUGAAAACAUACGGCAGCUGCUGAAGAGUGAAUUAGGUCCAUUCAUCACUGACUAUUUCCAGAACCAUCUUCUUUCAAAAGGCUUGGUCUUGAUGGAAGAAAAGGUGCGGGUCUGUGAAGGUGAAAAUCUUUUGGAAGCUUUAACAAGUAGUUGGGAUAAUUUCUUCACUGAAAUCCUACCCAUGUUACAAGCCAUAUUUUAUCCUGUGCAGGGGCAGGAGCUCACAAUCCGUCAGAUGGCCUUGCUCGGAUUCCGAGAUCUGGUCCUGCUCAAGGUAGAUCUGGAGCAGGUGCUCCACCAGCCUCAUACCAGUGUGCCUCCAUCCAUCACACAGAUGCUCCUAGUGCUUCAGGGUGCUCAUGAGCCUAAAGGCCCGAGUGAGAAAUACAUCCAGCUGGAGCGAUUGGUGCAGUUAGUUGUCUCCCCCUAUCUGGGCACCUAUGAACUGCUGUCCAGGGACAGGAACCCUGCCGAUACUGUGCACAUACUUGAUCGAAGAUUUGUUGGACCUAGGUCAAAAUUGGUCGAUUUUAUGAGCAACAAGUGUGAAAUGAAUGUGUCCAAUGAGACGAUGCUAACGCCCUUAAUAGAGCAGGAAGGCGAGGCCUACUUAGAGAAGUGUGGAAGCAUCCGACGUCACACAGUGGCCAAUGCACCCUCUGAGCUUCAGCUUUUGGCUAUGACCUCCAUGUUGCAUCCUGGAAUGGUGGAAGAACCGGACACUGAAGAGGAAUGUAUUCUGAUGCCAGCUGGUCACAGACAGUAUUGCAGUGAGCCAAACAUCCCAGAACCUCAGACUGAGGUGAUGGGAGUCUCACUGCAAGAGUCUUCAGACAUUAAGUGUACAGCACUUGGCUAGACCACACAGCCACUGCUUUGUUUAUCAGCACAUUGUUAGUAUUCACAGAAGGGAGGAAUCCCACUGACUGACUCAAGUCCUAUCACAGAGGGUCAAGAGAUGAAAUGACCCUGAGCUGGUUAUGUGUGUUGGACUGCACUUCUGACCCAGGUCCUUUCUGUUAUCAUCUGAACAUACCUCAGAAAUCGCAGCACAGAAAGGAUGUUAACAUGUGGGGACUGGUUACAGAUGCCCCGGUAAAAUUAAAGUUUAAAAGAUGAGACUAGCAGUAAGUUUGCACUAAAAAUAUCUAAUGAUUGAGACAAGUUCUGAACAUUGAUGCCUGAGAUUGCACUAUACCUGUCUCAUUGUUUAAAUACUGCCUAUCGAUCUUGUCUCUCCCAGCAAUCCAGUGGUUUUAAGUCACACUGUUGACCUGAAAUGUCAUACUUCUUUUCACCAUCAAAUCUGCCUCUUGCAGAUAGCUUGACAGAAGUGAUUUUCAUGUUUUCAUAAUCAGUGUGAACUCCAUAACCUUGGGGGAAAGCUUCCUUUAUGCACUGUUUUAUUCCUCAGUCUUUUUGAUGAGAUUUUGAUUAUUCGUUUACAUAUAGUACCCUGAGGAAAUUAGGAGCUGUGCCAACCAUUCCAGUGUGUCACAAACACUUUGCAAUACACAUUAGUAAUGAAGGGACCAGGUUAAAUAUGGAACUUGGAGAGUACUGGCAAUACUGGAAUAAUUCCUAAACUGCAAGCUCUUUAAAAUUGGCUCACUUCACCUCACAGCCAUCAUUGGUUGUAUUUAACUUCGAACACAUUGAUCGACUGCUCUGCUACUUCCGCCACAGAUGCUUUCUUCAAAUGUAAUUUCAGGUUUCCUUUUAUGUUUUUUUUACAAAUAAACUGUGGGUUUUUUGUGUG